AUGCAUCACUCACUAAACGGCGAGUUCAUACUGUAUCAACUUAUUGUCAAACGUUUACUAACGGAAGAACAUGCGAAACUUUCCUCUGAAUCAGGACUUGCUGACCAUUUUAAACCUGAAGAUAAAGCUGACCAACAAGUUAUGAUCGAGUUCAAUACCAAAUACGAACCCAGUAAGGCCGUUCAUUGGUAUACACGCGACACAUGUAUUUAUCGUUUACUCAAUAAAGCUUUGCGAACACAAAAUAUAGAUGAUAUACUUGUUUUCGGCCCAUUUAUUCGAGAUCUGUUUUCGCAAUUGUCACAUGAGCAUAUGAUAUUUUCGAAGAAGCGUGGAUUAUCGAUCCUUCAAGUCUAUCGGGGGCAACUUAUAAGUAAAGAGGAAGUGAAUCGGAUGAAACAUGGUCAAUUGAUUUCAAUGCAUUCAUUUUUGUCAACAAGUACAAAUCGACAAAAAGCCAUAGAAUUUGCUACCAGCAAACCACCACCUUCAGAUAAACUAACAGCUAUCUUACUGGAAAUCAAUGUUGUUAUAGAACCUUCGAAUCAACGUUAUGCGGAUAUCAAACAUCUGAGUGCAUUUUCCAAAGAAGAAGAGAUUCUUUUUAUGCUCGGCUGUGUUUUCCGUAUUGAUAAUAUUUGGGACGAUAUAGAACUGAAACUGUGGAGAGCAUCGUUGACACUGUGUAGUGAUUACGAUGAGGACCUCGAAGAAUUCUCAUCCACAUUAGAAAAGGAAAUAGAUGGAAAAGAUGAGUCAAUAUCACUCGGUACUUACCUGUUUCAAAUGCAAAAAUUCGACGAAGCCGAAGCAUACUAUCACAAGUUAUUGAAUAAUAAAUCAAUUACCAGUGAAUUAGAUCUAGCCUUUUGUUAUCAUGGGCUCGCUCAAGUAAAUAACGCAAAGGGUGAUUAUGACUUAGCUAUAGAAAAUCUUAACAUAGCACUAGAUUAUUUAUUAAAACAUCCUGCAACAAAAGAUCAUCCUCUCGUUUCACAAAGCUAUAAUGAUUGUGCAUCCAUUCAUUCUAAUCAAGGCGAUCAUUCACUUGCUUUCAUCCAUUAUGAGAAAGCAUUAAAAACUAAAAAUAACAAUGACUCAUUAACUUAUUCUGGUCUAGCAGAAAUUCAAUUUCAAAUGGGAAAUCAUCGACUUGCAUUAGAGUAUCAGUACAAGUGUCUCGAAAAACAACCAAAAGCAGCCCAUUCAAUGAUUGCAAACACAUAUAUCGAUAUCGGUAAAAUCUAUGCAGCAGCGAACGAGCAGGAAAAAGCAUCGAACAUGUUCGAUCAAGCAAUAAAACUUCAAUUAAACGUACUGCCUCCAGAUCACCCUGAUCUUGGAUAUACUUACAGCGCUCUGGGAGUGGCUUAUUUUGACCUUGGUCAAGAAGAAAAAGCAUUUAAAUACGUUCAAAAGGCAAUUCAAUUACAGACAGAAUCACUCCCGGAAAACCAUCCUGAUUUCGGACAAAGUUAUAAAACCUUUGGUAAUCUCUACCUGAAGAUACGUGAUUUCGAUCAAGCAUUAACUUAUUUUCAUAAAUUGCUUAAUCAUCAACUAAGAACACUGUCAUGGAAACAUCCAUCCGUGGCCGAUACGUACACGACGAUCGGAAAUAUUUGUCUUGAAAAACCGGAUUUAGAUCAAGCAUUAAUCUAUUUCCAUAAAUUGCUUGAUAGUCAGAUUAAAAGAAAGCGACUGGGAGACCCGUCGUUAACUAAUACUUACAAAAUUCUGGAAAAUAUUUAUUUAGAAAAACGGGAUUUAGAUCAAGCAUUAAUCCAUUGUCAGAAAUUAUUGGAUAACGAACUACAAAGAAAAUUAUUGGAAGAUCCAUCGUUAGCCGAUACAUACAAAACCAUUGGAAAUAUCUACUUUGAAAAAGGUAAUUUUGAUCAGGCAUUAAGCUACUAUAACCGGUUGCUUGAUUGUCAACUACAAAAAAAACCAUUGGAAGAGUCAUCAGUGGCCGACACGUACAAAAGGAUUGGACAUAUUUACUUACAAAAACGUCGUUAUGAUCAAACAUUACUUCACUUUCAUAAAUUACUUGAUAGUGAACCACAAAGAAAGUCUUUGACAAUUGCUCCGUUGGCCGAUACGCAAAUAAUCAUUGGGAAUGUUCACUUUGAAAACCGCCAUUUGGAUCAGGCAAUUAUCUAUUAUUGUAAAGUACUUGAUAACCAACUAAAAACACUAUCAUCGAACCAUCCAUCCGUGGCCGAUACGUACACGAUCAUAGGAAAUGUUUGCUUGGAAAAACCGGAUUUUGAUCAAGCAUUAAUCUAUUUCCAUAAAUUGCUCGAUAGUCAGAUUAAAAGAAAGCGAUUGGGAGACCCGUCGUUAACUAAUACUUACAAAAUUCUGGGAAAUAUUUAUUUAGAAAAACGGGAUUUAGAUCAAGCAUUAAUCUAUUUUCAUAAAUUACUAGAUAACAAACUACAAAAAAAUCUAUUGGAAGAACCAUCGUUAGCCAAUGCAUACAAAAUCAUUGGAAAUAUCUACUUUGAAAAAGGUAAUUUUGAACAAGCACUGAUCUAUUUUAACCGAUCGCUUGAUUGUCAACUACAAAAAAAGCCAUUGGAAGAGUCAUCAGUGGUCGAUAUGUACAAAAGGAUCGGAAAUAUUUACUUACAAAAACGUCGUUAUGAUCAAACAUUACUUCACUUUCAUAAAUUACUUGAUAGUGAACCACAAAGAAAGUCUUUGACAGAUGCUUCGUUGGUCGAUACCCAAACAAUCAUUGGGAAUGUUCACUUUGAAAACCGCCAUUUGGAUCAGGCAAUUAGCUAUUAUCGUAAGUUUCUUGAUAACCAACUAAAAACACUAUCAUGGAAACAUCCAUCAGUGAGGGAUACGUACAAAAUCAUAGGAAAUGUUUGCUUGGAAAAACGAGAUUUGGAUCAAGCAUUAAUCUAUUUUCAUAAAUUACUGCGUAGCGAACUAGAAAGAAUACCAUUGAAGGACCCAUCAUUAGCCGAUACGUACAAAAUCAUUGGAAAUAUCUACUUUGAAAAACGUAAUUUGGAUAAGGCAUUGAUCUACUUUAGUCGAUUGCUUGAUUGUCAACUACAAAGACAACCAUUGGAAGAGUCAUCAGUGGGCGAUGCGUACAAAAUGAUUGGAAAUAUUUACUUAAAAAAACGUCAUUCUGAUGUAACAUUACACUAUUUGAACAAAAUGUUUGAUAGUCAAUCACAAAGAAAGUCACUGACGAACAAAUCGUUGAUCGAUGCUCGCAAAAUUGUCCGCAAUGUGCACUUUGUACAACGUCAUUUGGACCAAGCAAUUAGGUACUAUCGUAAAUUGCUUGAUAACCAGCGAGAAACACUGUCAUGGAACCAUCCAUUGCUGGCCGAUACUUACACAAUCAUUGGAAAUAUGUGCUUGGGUAAAAGGGAUUUUAGCCAUGCAUUAAUCUAUUUUUACGAAUUACUUAAAAAGCAACUUCGAAGCAGUCCUUCUGGCAAUGCGUCGUCAGCCAAUACCUAUACAAUCAUCGGGGAUAUUUAUUCUGAAAUGGGUCAUUUUGAUGAUGCAUUAAGAAAUUAUCAAGAAUCAUUGCAUAUUUACGAACGAACAUAUCCAUCGACGCACGCUACAAUUCGAAACAUUAGACAGAAGAUACGCAAUACCUUUAUACCCGAGGAAGUGGUAUAA